AUGUCAUUGUCCCUUAAUUCGCCAAUCUCUGUCUUGUUCCUAGACCUAUCUUCUUUUCUUAUCCUCACCUGUUCGAUUUCCCUUACGGGGCAAGCCUGUGCUAACUCUUCUCCUUGCUUUAUUCUGACGGUUUUAUUCGCCGAAUUAGUCAGAAGCAGGGGGACGGUCCUUGAUCAUUUCACUAAUGAACUACAUACUGUCACUUCUCCCUCCAUGUUAUCAUACCCGUCCCAAAUAGAACACUCUGGCCUCCCUUCCAUCUUUCCUAUUUCUCCCUUCUGGACCACCGAGAGGCGGGGGCCAACAACGGGGGUUCCUUAUUUCUUCGGGUUCCCAUUUCUCUUCUGGAGGCCCUUCUGGCUGUGCUGGGGUUUAGAUGAUGGCGCCCUUCCGCUCUAUCCUUCUGUCCCUCCAUUUCACUUCUAUCCCGUCUUUUCCCCAAUGGUCCCAUUCUUGUUUAUUCGGAUCUGCCUCCAAUUCCCAAUUUUCCUUUACUUUUUUUCCGGGUCAUGUUCCCGAACCUACUUCUUCCUUUUCCUUGUCUUGGUCCCCCUGAGGACCCUGGCUAGAUUGCUCCUUAUUCUGUCUCAAAGUCGUUCACUGUUGCGAGCUGCUUCAAUGGCUGUGGCCAGGGUGCUCAGUCCUUCCUUCAGGACGUCACCCCUGGCCUGUUCUUUGCUAUCUCUUUCUUUAAACUUGUGUCUCUUUCCACGUCUCUCUUUCCACUUCUCUCUUUCCACUUCUCUCUCUUCCUUCUCUCUCUUUCCACCUCUCACUCUGUCCACCUUCCCGUGA